AUGACUCUCUACUACAGCCUCGUGUUUAUGCUUCUGGUGUUUGAGAUGGGCGUCUUCCUGGCCCUCAUCGUCCCUCUGCCUUUUGUCAUCAAGCGCAAGCUCUUUACUUUCAUCUCGGAAAGCCCGAUAAUUGCCAAGCUUCAGUAUGGCUUGAAGAUCACCUUCAUUUUCAUUCUGAUUUUGUUCCUCGACAGUGUCAACCGGGUGUACCGGGUGCAGCAGGAAUUGGCUGCUUUCUCCCGGGACGGACAUGGCGUUGGAGCCGCACACCUGGGCACUGAUCGCAUGGAGGUCCAGGCUCGCAAGUUCUACUCGCAGCGCAACAUGUACCUCUGUGGUUUCACCCUCUUCCUCUCCCUCAUUCUCAACCGUACUUACACCAUGAUUUUGGACGUUCUCCGUCUUGAGGACCGCGUCAAGCUCCUUGAAGGUGACAAGAGAGCCGGUGGUACGGACUCCGCUCGUCUCGCCGAGGCUGGCUCCGUUGGUGAGAUUGGCCGCCUUAAGGAGGAGAUUGCCGCCAAGGAUCGUGAUAUCGAGACCCUGAAGAAGCAGUGCGAGGGCCUGACUCGCGAGUACCACAAGCUCGGCGAUGAGGUCGCCUCCGGCAAGGGCGAUGCCAACGUGAAGAAGGACCUGUAA